AGUAAAUCUCACGGGGUGUCGCUACCCGAUGUGCAUGCGAGUUUGUUUGGGUUUCCAUGUGACACCGACUUGGUUUAAAUUAACAGAUAACCCUAACCCCCCGGAAAUUUAACCGUUUGUGUCAGUGCAUCACAGCAGGCAUGGUAAAAAAGGGCAAGAAAGAAAAGAAGGUAAAGGGAGCGGAGAAGACAGCUGCCAAAAUGGAGAAAAAGGUUUCAAAGAGGUCCAAACGAGAGGAGGAGGAUCUGGAGGCUCUGAUUGCUGAGUUUCAGAAUCUGGAUGCAAAGAAGACCCAAGUUGUAGAGACAACAUGUCCACCUCCCUCACCAAGAUUGAGUGCGUCUCUCUCCGCCCAUCCUGAGAAAGAUGAACUCAUCCUGUUUGGAGGAGAAUUCUUCAAUGGAAAGAAGACGUACCUGUACAACGAUCUGUUUUUCUACAACAUCAAGAAGAACAGCUGGGUUAAAUCCGAGAUCCCCAACCCUCCCCCCCCGCGCUGCUCUCACCAGGCGGUGGUAGUCCCCCAGGGUGGGGGUCAGCUUUGGGUGUUUGGCGGAGAGUUUGCCUCUCCGAAUGGGGAACAGUUCUACCACUACAAGGACCUUUGGGUGCUGCACCUGGCGACACACACGUGGGAGAACAUCAAGGCGCCUGGGGGUCCACCAGGUCGCAGCGGCCACCGGAUGGUCCUCAGCAAGAAACAGCUGCUGGUGUUUGGAGGUUUCCAUGAGAGCACCAGGGAUUUUAUCUACUACAACGACAUCUACUCCUUCUCCAUGGACACCUUCUCCUGGUCCCGCCUCACUCCAUCGGGCUCCGGCCCCUCCCCGCGCUCCGCCUGUAUGAUGACACCCGCGCCCGACGGCAUGGGUGUCAUCAUCUACGGAGGAUACUCUAAAGUGAGAGUCAAGAAGGAUGUAGAGAAGGGGACCAUCCACUCUGACAUGUUCCUUCUCAAGCGAGAGGGCAAAGAUGGCCAAGAGAAGUGGUCUUGGUCCAGGUUGAACCCCUCUGGGAACAAGCCCCCUCCUCGCUCUGGCUUUUCUCUGGCUGUGGGCCCAGCAGGGCGGGCGCUGCUGUUUGGUGGGGUUUGUGAUGAGGAAGAGGAGGAGACGCUGGAGGGCGACUUCUACAACGACCUGUACCUGUAUGACAUGGUGAAGAACCGCUGGUUCCCCGGCCUGCUCAGGGGAAACAAGUCGGAGAAGAAGAAACGAAGGAGGGGGAAGAAGGGUGGAGCAGUGGGACAGGGUGCAGAGAAGGAGGAGGAAGAGGAAGGGGCACCUCAGGGACCCACAGAGGUCAUCAAGGAGAUUGUGGCAGAGGACGGCACAGUGAUGACCAUCAAGGAAGUGAUCCCUGGAGCUCAGGCUGAGGAGGAGGAGGAAGAAGAAGAGGAAGAGGAGGAGGACGAUGCCGCUGCCCCCCUGGUAGAGCCUUGCGCUAGGUCCAGCGCCAUGGCAACGGCGCGUCAGGGCAAGCUCUUCCUAUACGGAGGAAUGUUUGAGGUUGGUGACCGCCAGUUCACCCUGAACGACUUCUACUCUCUGGACCUCAACAAGAUGGACCAGUGGGAGGUUCUGGUUGAAAUGGACCCAAAGACGCAGGAGUGGCUGGAAGAGUCUGAGUCAGAGGAAGAUGAAGAGGAGGAGGAGGCAAAAGGAGCAGAAGGGGUGGAGGAGGGGGAGGAGGAGUCUGAAGAGGAAAGUGAGAAUAAGGAAGAUGAAGAGGAGCACCCCGCAGUGCAGGAGGGAGAGACGGUGACGGAUUACCAGAGCCGUACAGAGCAGCAUUGGAUAGGACUGGCACGUGCCAACAUGGGCCCCGACGCCAAGGAGAAAAAGGUGGCCAAGGUUGCCCUUGUCAUGGCUAAAGUCUUCUUUGAAGACCAAUAGUGGGACACGCCAAAUUUUGUGUUUGUGUGUGUGUGUGUAAAAUAGUUUUUUGUAAUUACCUUUUAUAAAACACGUCAUUGAACUGUACUGAAAUAAUUCAGUUUUGCAAAUUGAAUUUCACUUAAGUUUAAAACAGAAAAUAAAAACUUUAUUUUCUCUCACUGAU